GCAGUCUCCUCGCGAAUACCCUUUCCGCGCCGGCCUCAAGAUGGCCGCCUUCUGGCGUCGGUGGCGCUGUUGAAUGGCGAAAGCUUUAUUGUUCCCUUCGGGCAGGAGUGUUCGUGUCCUCUAUGGCGCUGUCAAUAAAGAACGGCAGUUUGAAUCGGUGCUGAACAGGGCCGAUCCUCACAAAGCAGACACCGGGAACAGAGAGGAAGAGACGUCCUGGGGGCAGAGUUAGCGCCAUGGAGCUCCCCAACUACAGCCGGCAGCUGUUGCAGCAGCUCUACACUCUGUGCAAGGAGCAGCAGUUCUGCGACUGCACCAUCUCCAUCGGGACCAUUUACUUCAGGGCUCACAAACUCGUCCUGGCUGCCGCCAGCCUCCUGUUCAAAACCCUGCUGGACAACACCGACACCAUCUCCAUCGACGCCUCAGUAGUGAGCCCUGAGGAGUUUGCCCUUCUGUUAGAAAUGAUGUACACCGGCAGACUUCCUGUGGGCAAGCACAACUUCUCCAAGAUCAUCUCUUUAGCUGACAGCCUACAGAUGUUUGAUGUGGCUGUAAGUUGUAAAAAUCUCCUAACCAGCCUGGUAAACUGCUCUGUUCAGGGGCAGGUGGUAAAGGAUACCUCUACACCAUCCUCCGAGUCACUCAGGAAGGAGUCAGAGAAACCGCGAGUAGAAAUCCUUUCCUCCGAAGGUGCCGGAGAACCACAUUCUUCCCCAGAGGUUUCUGCCACUCCCGAGGGCCCCAUGAAAGCAGAGACGGAGGAAGCCAUCCAGACGGUUACCCAGGGAAUGAACAUGGAUCCUCCCAGUGUCCAGGAGACGCAGGGGAAUGCGGGAACCCCAGUGGAAGCUCCUGAUACAGUUGAAGUUUGUUCUCCUUCCCCGAUUGUACACACCGAACGUGACACAAAGGAGUUGAGCACAGAACCAGAAUGUGAGGGGAGACAUUACCAGCUGGAUUUUCUUCUGGAACAUGAGAGUGUCUUCUCAGCUGCACUCUUGGUUAGCCCGGAUAUUUUAAAAAGACUAAAAGAAUGUGCAGAGAUUAAAGGCCCACACAAGGAGAUCAUAAUGAAAUGUCUUGAGGAUGGCGAAGGACAUUCAGCCUUUCAGAGAAUUCUGGAUAAAGUGAGGGAUGACAGCCUGGAUGUUCAGACGGUUGUGUCCCUGUUGAGGCUUUACCAAGAUUCUAAUCCUGCAGUAAAAACGGCACUGCUACACCGAAAGCCAGAAGAUGUAGAAACUGUGCAGCCAAAAGGGAGCGCAGAGGAGGGAAAGACCUUGUCUGUUCUGUUACUGGAGCACAAAGAGGACCUGAUACAGUGUGUAACACAGCUGAGACCGAUUAUGGAGUUCCUGGAAACAGCCAAGGAGGAGCUCCUGCCUGGCACUGAAAAAACGGGGAUUCUGAAUUGCUGUGAGGGCGGAACACCCAAGGAGACGAUAGAAAAUUUGUUGCGCAGAAUGACUGAAGAGAAGACCCUGACUGCCGAGAGUUUGGUAAAACUCCUUCAGGCUGUGAAGAUGACAUUCCCAAACUUGGGCCUUCUGCUGGAGAAUUUGCAGAAAUUAGCCACUUCGCCAAGCGCCACAGUCCAACCAAGCCUGGAUAAUUAUGGAACUGAGCUCUUGAGACGGUAUCACGAAAACCUCUCUGAGCUUCUCACAGACAACCAGAUGUUACUAAAGGUGAUCUCACAUGUGAAGAGCUUAGGCCCUGGAGAGAGAGAGGUCAUGGAGGAGCUCGUGAGACGGGACUCUGGCUCAGGUGGUUUCAGUUCCCUGGUGUCAGCAGUUCUAGAAAAGCAGACUCUCUCUGCGACAGCAAUUUGGCGGCUGCUGCUGGAGGCUCAGGAGACGAGGACCUGCCCGUUGAACCUGCUCAUGGAGGAAGUGCAGAGGGAGCCUGGCGCUGAUGUUUUCUUCCGGGCAGUGACCACCCCAGAAAGUGCGGCCUUAGAAACAAUCCUGAGGCAUAACAAAUUGAUCACAGAAGCCAUUCAACAGGGGACUGAGCUCAAAGGGUUUACCUCCGAGGAAGAGCGCCUGGCAGAGACUGUGAAAGAGAUUCUGAACAUUUCCUCAGAAACCACCAGCCUGGAAGCUUCCCUGAGAGCAGUCCUGAGCAGAGCCAUGGAAAGAUCAGUGUCGGCCACUGAGAUAUGUCACCUCCUGUGCAGUGUCCACAGGGCUUUCCCAGGGCUACGGCCUGUCAUGCAGGAGUUAGCAAAUAUCGGUUUAGUCACUAAGGAAAAUGGAGAGAAAGAAAUGUGGAAGGUGAGCAAUAAACUUCACCUUGAAGCCAGCGACAAAGGAGAAAAGGCAGCCGAGCCUGCCAAAGACGACUGCCAGUCUGGGGAGCACGGCGAGCGAGGAGAGUCUGGGUCCUUGCCAGGGCCGCCAGAGAAAGAGACUUCUGCCUCCCCAGACUCUGCCAAGAAGAGCUUCGUCUGCAAGGCCUGUGACAAGAGCUUCCACUUCUACUGCCGCCUCAAGGUGCACAUGAAGCGCUGCCGGGCGGCCAAGAGCAAACAGGUGCAGUGCAAGGAGUGCAGCGAGACCAAGGACUCUAAGAAAGAGCUGGAGAGGCAUCAGCUGGAGGCCCACGGUGCAGGCGGAGAGCCGGACGCCCCCAAGAAGAAGAAGAAGAGGCUUCCGGUGACCUGUGACCUCUGCGGAAGAGAGUUUGCUCAUGCUUCAGGCAUGCAGUACCACAAACUGACAGAGCACUUUGACGAGAAGCCUUUCUCCUGUGAAGAGUGUGGGGCCAAGUUCGCAGCCAAUUCUACCCUGAAGAACCACCUGCGCCUUCACACCGGGGACCGCCCAUUCAUGUGCAAGCACUGCCUCAUGACCUUCACGCAGGCCUCUGCCCUGGCCUACCACACCAAGAAGAAGCACUCAGAAGGGAAAAUGUAUGCAUGCCAGUACUGCGAUGCUGUGUUCGCCCAGUCCAUCGAGCUGUCCCGCCAUGUGAGGACCCACACCGGGGACAAGCCCUAUGUCUGCAGAGACUGUGGCAAGGGCUUCCGUCAAGCCAAUGGCCUCUCCAUCCACCUGCACACCUUCCACAACAUAGAAGACCCUUAUGAUUGCAAGAAAUGCAGGAUGAGCUUCCCCACCCUGCAGGACCACCGGAAGCACAUCCACGAGGUGCACUCCAAGGAGUACCACCCCUGCCCCACGUGCGGGAAGAUCUUCAGCGCCCCGUCCAUGCUGGAGCGGCACAUGGUGACCCACGUUGGAGGGAAGCCCUUCAGCUGUGGCAUUUGCAACAAGGCCUACCAGCAAUUGUCUGGCUUGUGGUACCACAAUCGGACCCACCACCCUGAUGUGUUUGCUGCUCAGAACCACAGCUCUUCCAAGUUCUCAUCACUGCAGUGCAGCUCCUGUGACAAGACCUUUCCCAACACCAUUGAGCACAAGAAGCACAUCAAAGCAGAGCAUGCAGAUAUGAAGUUCCACGAGUGCGAGCAGUGUAAGGAGCUCUUCCCCACGCCAGCUUUGCUGCAGGUCCACGUCAAGUGCCAGCAUUCAGGGUCCCAGCCAUUCAGGUGCUUGUACUGCGCGGCCACUUUCCGCUUCCCUGGGGCACUGCAGCACCAUGUCACCACGGAGCACUUCAAGCAGUCGGAGAGCACCUUCCCCUGUGAGCUCUGCGGGGAGCUCUUCACCUCCCAGACCCAGCUUGAUGGCCACUUGGAAUCUGAGCACCCAAAGGUGGUGGGCACUGAAACCCAGGCUGCGGCCUCACAGAUGGUGCAGGUGAUCCAGACCCCGGAGCCAGCGGCCCCGACAGAGCAGGUGAUCACGCUGGAGGAGACCCAGCUUGCUGGGUCGCAGGUGUUUGUGACACUGCCAGAUUCUCAGGCAGCGCAGACCAGCUCUGAGCUCGUGGCGGUGACCGUGGAGGAUUUGCUGGAUGGCACCGUGACCCUGAUCUGUGGCGAGGCCAAGUGAGUGGCCGCUCAUCCCGUGGAGAGACUCUCGCAUUUGCACCUGAGAGUGAUUUCUGCAGCCUGCCCUCUGCCCUCCAUCGCUGGCUGCCCUGAGUCGUGAGCGUCUCAAGUCAGCACCAGUCAAAAUGGUCCCCUCAGAUAACGGCCAGAGACUCAGUGUUCUCCCAGAGCCAGCACUGAGUCAUCAACACUGCUGCCCUCCCUUGCAAACAGGCCUGCUUUCCUUUGGGCCUGCCGCUUCAGCCUCUGACACUGUCUGUCCCCAGAGGAGUACUGCUCCUGAAAUAGAGUCCGAAGGAACAGUGGGAUGGAGCUGUGACCAAGGCGGCCAGGGAGGCGUGGCACCCGGCCACCUUCAGUGGGCAGAAGGGCAGCUAGCAAGGACAUGGCCCACAGAGGGUGGCACACACCACCUGACCAGCCAUGGAGCCCAGCCUUGGUCAUGCUUGGCCCCCUCCUCAAAUUGUCACCCUCCUCCGUGCUUGGGUUCCCUGUGCAUGUGGUGGCUGUGCCCAUCACCCCCCCAUGGGGGCUCCCAGGCAGGCAGCAUCUUCUGAGUGUAGGGAGCCCUCGGUCCACGCCCAGUCCCACCGCAUCAGUAGAGUCAGCAUCUCCCAAAACAGCCUGUGGAAUGUCUCUGCUAAAAGCGUUCCAUGUGAGGCCCUCCAACUGCAAAGACAGCCUCUGCCUUUCCAGAAUAUUCUUCAUGGUGUUCUUCACUAUAGUCUGGUUCCUUCGGCUCUUCUUCCAAAGGCUAGGACUUCUCCCCGCCCUGGAGGCCUUGCUCGCUCCCUCUGGAGCACGUAAUACAGUAACGGACCAGCCCGGGCAGGCAGUCCCGUCUGCACGUGGGGGCGCAGCUGCCAGCACCCCCAGCUCCGCCUUUGCUAGUGGCCUCCCUGCCUUGUGAGCAGCCUGCUGGCUACGUUCUCCCAGGCUGCCACGCUUAGUGCAGGUCAGUGAUCCUUCUGAGCCUGAAUGUCACAAAGCUUUUUUUAUCUACAGUUCCUAAAAUACAAUCUGAUAAUUAAUGGUUUGUGGAAUUCAUUAUGAAGUGCAAUUAGAUGGGUAUAGGUUCUUGCCGUUUGGAGAGAAUGACUAGCAUUUAUCUUCUUUUCCUCGAUGCCAAAAGGUUGCAGUCUUUAGAGCAGUGUUGACACGCCAGGCAGGGCCCCUACUACACUGUGUGGCUUGGCCCUGCAGAGGGGAGUGCCCCAGGUGAUCACUCACCCUCACGCCACAAGCCCACUCCUUCCUUCCAAGUAUAUCACUGUGCGAGAGGCAGGGGACUGUGUCUGGUAACGCGUGGGCCUUCCAUUGCUGCCACGUAGCUUGUACCCUGCUAGGAGAGCUGAAGGUAGAGCCUGGGCACUGACCAGUAUGUUUGCUGGCUGGCCGCCUUCGGGAUCCAGCUCUGUGCCCGCGGCCCCAGCAGAGCUUCCGCUGUGCACGCCAGCUCAGGCCAGCUCGC